AUGACUGAGAGACUAUGCGAGUGGAAUAAGGAAGGAGAAGAUAUUUCUAAGCGAGGGUAUCCGACGCUAGAGUACCUGAAUCUUUAUAAACGAUGGGGUGAAGGAGAGAUUGGCAUCAUUGUGAGCGGCAACACGAUGGUCAGAUACGACGCGGUUGAAGCUUUUGGAAACCCAAUUCUCGUUGACGACCAUGAUGGACGAAUCGCCAAAUACCGUGAGGUCACAGAUGCUGCAAAAGCUCACGGUUCGCUCAUCGUUGCCCAACUUUCCCAUCCUGGCAGACAAGGCUCAAAGUACCUGAAUCCCAAUCCCGUCAGCGCGAGUGAUGUACACUUGAAGAUUGAGUGGGCAGGGAAUGCAUUUAACAAGCCCAAACCACUGUCGAUACCUGAAAUCAAAGACAUGGUGAAGAGCUGGGGUGAAACUGCUUAUCUGUGCUGGAAAGCUGGAUUUGAUGGGGUCCAAGUCCACUGCGCGCAUGGAUAUCUCCUAGCCCAGUUCCUCAGCCUUACGACGAAUCAUCGUACCGAUGAGUACGGGGGCGACCUGAACAACAGAUCAAAGAUAGUCUUCGAAAUUAUCGAGGAGAUCCGACGUCGUGUCACCGAUCCAAAGUUCAUCAUUUGCGUCAAGCUCAACUCUGUUGAGUUUCAGGACAAAGGCACUACACCCGACGAUGCAAAAGAGUUAUGCCUCAAGCUAGAAGAGGCCAGAGUUGACUUUGUGGACCUCUCUGGAGGUACAUUCGAAGGGAGAGCCUUCGAGCACAAAAAGCAGAGCACGAUCGCCAGGGAAGCUUACUUCAUCGAGUUUGCAGAGAUGAUACGGCCACUUCUAAAGAAGACGAAAGUCUACGUCACUGGCGGAUUGAGGACGGCCAGCGGCAUGGUCAAGGCUGUCAGUGACGGUGCAACUGAUGGCAUCGGCAUUGGGAGACCACUUGCAGCAGAACCGUUCCUCGUCAAAGAAUUGUUGGCUGGCAAAGUUACAGGCGCAAUCGAAAAUUAUGUGCCGCUACCAAUGAAUACCCAAGCCAGUGGGACGCAAUUGCAUCAAAUCGGACAUGGACAUGACCUGAUUAGCGACUGGAGUGUAGAGAGUGAGGUCAAGAAAUGGAAAGAAGAAAACGAAAAGGAAACGCAACGGAAGUUGAGUAUCCUUCCCAAGGUCGAUAGUAGUGGCUACCCUUUCUUCAAAGCCGAGGCUGGGUUUGCAUAUCUGCGGGCAUAA